GCCGUUCCGUUGUUCGCCAUACUUGCACAGAAGCAGAGCGACCAACGCACUCACUGCAAAGGCACCUGAAAUCACUACAGCAUAUAAUAAAAAGGUAAGCUCUUACAAAUUUUAAAGCGUCUCGUACCGCCUUCACCACAAUGAACCUUAUUGGCGCAUAUCGUUCAAAGCUUCUUUAUUUCACUCCUGCUCUUUUUAAUAGAUGAUAACUUAUCGAGCUAACGUUAGCCGCGGGCUCUGGUUAGCUCUGCUGAAUUGUUCCCAGUCAGCCUGAUGGCCACUUGACUCUCCCUUCAGUCCCACCCUUUGUGUGAGGGUCGGCGCUAGAAAAAGUUGAGCACUGAUGAUGUUGGAAAUUCAGUAUACUAGUUGGGACCCCGUCACUUUUUAGCCUUUUAAGAGGUGUGCAGCUGUCUGGAGCGGUAUGUUAGCCGGCUCUGAAAAAAGAUGCCUUCCAGCGGUGGCACCGUUAGUCAGCAGCGGCAGUCAGCACCUGUAAGCUCUUGGUAUAUCACUAUGGUAGUAUUAUUUAGCAUCUGGGCAGGGGUUUUGAGUUGACACAUAUACACAGGGGCGUCGCCUUGAAUUUAAGGGCUCAACAUCAACACCGUCAAGGCCAGCCCCUCAUAACUAAUAAAAACCAACCCUCCAGGAUACAUAGGACUCCUUACAAGCUGCUUGUAUGCAGAGGUUGAAAGAGUUCUAGAAUAUUCCACCCAUGUAAAAGUGCACUGGGUUUGAUUAAACAAAAAAAAUUACUAAAGUAGAAGUCUGUUAGAUAACUUGGGUGAAAAACUACGCUUUACUGGACAACUUGACGCACUGAGUACUACAUACUCGCUUUUUAUGAUGAUGGGGUUGAGGAAUAUAUUGCAAUAGGACAACAGAAUUAAUGUGUGAAGUAAUUUUGGACCUGCCUCUAUCCAAUGUGAAGUGAUUGAAUACUUUUUUUGGCAAAUGUUGUUUUUACUACACUUUGUAAAUGGUCUGUGGCUGCACACUAAAGAGGUAAAACUGUCCUGCAAUACUUAACAUAAAUCAAAGAUUUCAAAAUGAACUUGUUUUACCCCUAAACUGCUACAGUCUAUGGCUUUGUAAAAUGUUGAUAACUCUUGUGAGAUAUUCAUAAAUGCACUCCAAUUUAAUGUGUUAAACUCGACUAAGGCUAUGUUCACAUAGCAGGUCAAUUCCGAUUUUUUAACCAUAUGUGACACAUACCUGAUUUCUUUUUUUUUAUAUGUAAGUGUGAACAGUGCAAUUCUGAUUUUUUCAAAUCUGACCCAGGCCUCUUUUGCUUGUGGAUAUAAAUUGGAUAUGUAUCCGAUGUGACUUCAGUGUGGACGCUCAGGUCGCUUUUAUCCGACCUACUAUACGUCAUCAAUAUGUGACAAACGUCACCAUUGUUCAACACACUUUGUGCGCAUGUGGGUCACUUUACGGACGUAUUCUGUUCACAUUAGAUGCCGCAUUCGUUGUAAUGUGAACAACCGCACAAGAAGAUCAGAUUUAACAAAAAAAUCCCAAUUGUGGAUCAUAACCUGCAGUGUGAUAUAUUUAUAUUAUGUCUCUGAUUACCCCGCUCCACUGUGGGUGUUACCUCACAUGCUGUUGGAGACAGGCUGUUCCGCUCCUCCAGAAGCUCAGAUGAAACAGCAGGGACAGUCUAUAAUUCUUAUGGAAUAAUUUUAGUAAAUCUGGCACAUAAACUACAGUCUUACAUUUUCAUGCGUUUGUCCAAGAUUUGAGCAGUUUACAUCUCUUUCCCCAGAUUAUGACAAAAUAUGCUUACUUUGUGAAACUUUGCAUACAUCUAGUAUGGACGUCAAACUUUGUAACUUAACAUUUUUUGUUGUAAAUAUGGAUAAGCCCCCCUGCCCCCUUUUGUAACCAUUGGCACAUGAAGUAGGUGUAUGGGGCGGGGGGCACAGAGAGAGACCCCACUUUUUUCAACAUAAAGAGUCAAAAAACAUAGAAAUUUAGUCGGUCAAUUAUAAUGUAGACAGCUUUAGUUUAGUAAGAAGUUUUUAUAUAAACAAAACUGAACUUAAAAAUGCACUGAGAGCCCCUUCCUACCUUGAAGACCCUAGGUAACACGUCCGACUAUGAUGCCCAAGCAUGUGAUCGGCAGUGGAAUGAGUUCCUGUAGUCAACUUAUUGAUUAAACAUGAUCAUUUUUGCUAGUUGCCAUCAGAAUUGCUCAUUGAUUAAAUGUGUUAUCAAUAUAAUAUUUCGAACUUUAUAGCCCCUGACAUCAUGUCUUUGUUUCAGGCCACUUGAACACACUUGAACAACAGUGUGCUUUAGGUAGAAACAGUCUUGUCACAUUUGUUUCAAGUUCAACUGUUCAUUUUCUUGGUGUGACUGAUUACCACUGACCAACUCCUUCAAAAGGUUUUUGAUGCUCAAACUAAUCCGACAAAGAAGAAUUACAUUCGCAAAGUCAGUUAUUCGCCAAACCCAACAACUCAUGAAUGUCUCUCCCAAGAAAUAACACCUUCCUGCAGCAGCCAUGUACAGGAAGCUUCUCCAGCUUUACAGAAGGAAGGAGGAACUUGUUGAUUUUUCUCCACAGUGACAGAGUUUGCUAAUGCUACUGCCAGCAGUUACAUAACACACACUUAAACCCCCUCCCCCAACAGAACCUCCUUUGUCCUUACAAACAAUCUUGUUCCAAAUUUGGUGCCCUGAAGAAUAAAAACCAAGGUAUGUAAAACAGUGUCGUGCAUUUGGGAUCAAAGGGAUGCUCGGUGAAAAGAAGCCAGCACUCCUUUCCAUACAGACUGAAGGAAACUAGCUUUUUAAAAAGCUGUGUGUAACAGAGAACUUGCCCCUACUCGACAACAGUAGAAGCUAAAGUCAGAGUAUCCUCUUGUGUUGCUCUUCAAAGGAAUAUUUGACGGCAAUGCUAACAGCUUGGGUUGACUUUAUGCAUCAGAACAUUUUACAGAUGCUCUCCCUCGUCACCUCAAAUUGGUGGAAGAUCAAUGAAAUUUUUUAGCAUUUUUAGACUCUGCUCAGGCACGUUUACAACUGCAAACUUCUCCUCGGUCUGCAGAGUUCACUCCUUUACUACUUCGUACAUUCUUCCAGCUCUGCUAGUUUGGACAAGUCAGAAGACACAGGAAGAGGUAUGCUCAGAGACUUUCCCCUUCAUACCAGAGGGAGGAAUCUGAAUGAUGGUGAUAAAUCAGCCCUUACAGAUGUUGUCACAAUUGUUCAAGACUGUAGUUGUAGUUGAAGGCCUCAUUCCUGAUUUGUAACAUAUAGUUGGUUUUGCAGCUUUACUGUCUUUUUUAAGAUUUUCCCAAUCACUCUUACACUCUUGUCUUGUGGUCAAAGGUGGUUAGAAAAGGCAUAUGAGACCCUCGAUGGGUGUUAACUUUGAGAGGUAUCUGGUAUUUUCUAGCUUUGAGAACUGUAUGUGAGGGGAACGUUAUCCAUGGAUGUUUGUGGAUGUACAGUAUGUGGAUGAAAAGUUCUUCUCUGGUUAAAUUCAACAACAGUAACAACCAAGCCACAGCCCCAGGUGUUGAACAAUUGAGACAAUGCAGAAGUGGGACAAAUACAAAUGUUCUUCCACUGAAGGAAGCCUCAUUAGAGCCCAUUAAAAUGUCAAUUUUUACUGCAGAUUUAAACAUGUUAACAAUUUAAAAAAUUAUGAUCUCAGGGCUGACGAUGCAGAUUAAAACUAAUUUAAGACAUCAUCAGAAAUUUGAUACAAGAUCUAAGUAAGUCUGUAGCAUUUGUUACACACUGCAUUUAUUUGGUAUUAACUCCUGUGUUAUUUUCCUACUUAAUCACAGAAAGGAGGAGCAUCAGUUUUCUACUAUAGCGCAGCCCAAAAGUCACACCUAAAUAGACAAAAUCUGCUCUCUCCCAGCAGCAUUUUAGGCCCCUUUUACAUAUACUAAAUACUUAAACUUCAGGAUUGUAUAUUUCAGUGGUUCUCAAGUCCAGUCCUCGAGGUCCACUGUCCUGCAUGUUUUGCUCCAACACACCUGAUUCAAAUGAUCAGCUCGUUAUUAAGCCAUUACAGAGCUUGAUAACGAGCUAAUCAUUUGAAUCAGGUGUGUUGGAGCAGGAAAACAUCCAAUACAUGCAGGACAGUGGGGGCUCAAGGACUGGACUUGAGAACCACUGGUAUAUUUUAUGAUAAUGUGUGAAAAAGGAUUUUGUUAAAAAACAUUGAAAUUUAGGUUGGUUGAUACGUAAUGUGGCAGCCAAUUUUUCCUUUAAUUCCUACCUUUUCUACCAGUCUACUGAUGGUUUCAGGUGAAGCUCGAGCUGAAACCAUGAGAGAUUUUACACCCCAAACCGAGUUCACAUCUUUAACUGGCUUUGUGGGUUUCCCCUGUUACUGCAAACCCAUUAGAUUUUUCCUGAUGUAGCAGAUCACACCGUGUUGCUUGAAUUAUUUACUGGAUUGAAUUUGCUUCACUUAUGUAAUAUGAGAUGACCAGCCAACACUCGGGGUGUGUGAGGCCUCGGGAGGGGUCUUGAUUCCUCACACACCCUUAAAGAGAACAGUACAUAUGUCGACAUUGCCUUAACAGACUUUAUAACAAGGGACUCAAGGCCUGUUACUGCGGAGUUUUAGGGUGGGAUGGCCUCACAUGAAUGACAACUUUUCUGGUGUAAACAAAGCUCUUCCUGCUUUUGUUACUCAUUGUGUGUUUUCAGCAGAGAUUGCAUACAACACUAACCUUCCUCUCAAGAGGUGGCCCAGUUAAAGAAACACAGAAGUGUAGAUGCAUCUCUGAGGAGGUUUCUGGUUUAUUACAUGUCAACGAAACACAGUUUACUGAUCUUGGGAAAAUGGUGUUGAGCUGAAUUCCUGGAAUAAUUGCAAGUGACACAUGCUCAUGUUGUUCAUCAAGCAGAAGUCGGCCUGUCAGAGAGAGGAGACAGAGGCAGAGCAGGGUUCUGUUAUGUCUCAUGAAUUUGUAGUAAACAGCUUCAGUAGGCAAAACAUCAAGAAAGAUUCAUGACCAGUGUGGUGAAACUUUCAAACCAAGCCAAAUCCCCUGAAAGGCAACAAAUUCUACUUUCAGACGAAUACGGUCAAGAGCAAGAUCCAGGUCAGUGACUCCUUUCAUGUAUGCGAAGAUAAACUUGCACUUGAAUUCCUCUUAGUUGUAGGACUGGGCAAUUAUAUAAUCGUGAUCGUGAUCGAUGAUUGUGAUAAAUUUCAGUUUGAUCACGGUGAUCAGCUGUGAGCAUAUUUACUCGAUCGAACAUAGAAAUGUGUGUCAUAACAGCCAAUCAGAGUCAAGCUUUUCCUGCUCACUUCUGUAAGUUAUCGGAGAAGUAAACAGAAUGACCAAACAUGGAGCAAAAUGUCAGUAAAUGUAAAUGUCAGCCAUGACUUUGAGUCAUCCUCCGAAGAUGUUAUUGUUGAGAAGUUAUUCAACGUUGGUUGUGUGGCAGUGGUUCGGGUAUCGCCAAAGUGAUGUAGAAUAAUUAAGCUGCUGUGUAAGGUAUGUAGGUGGUAGGUGCCCUCAAAAACCGGCAACACAACAGAUCUGUUUAAUCAUUCGAAAUAGUACUUUACAAGUGAUUAUGUGGAAAGUAUGAAAAUGUGAGCGGAGUCUGUACAGCCUAAUGCGAGUAGCAUUAGCAGUUAAGCUACAACUAGCGGUGCAGCCACCACACCAAAGUGGCGAUUAAUCGUAUCAUUUACGUUUACAUAUUCUAAUGCUUACAUUUUAAGGCGUCUUCAUUAUCUCUGAGGAGGCGAUUUGUUUAUUUUGGGUCUUGCAUACCUGCAAAAACACUCAGGACUGUAAACUAGUUCACUGUAUUAUCUAGUAUUUAUCUACAUUUGUUGUACUGUUGAGUUAAAAUGUUUUCAUAUUUUUCCAAGUGUAUCUUCAUAUUUACUUCAUAUGUUAAUAAAAUGUUAAACUAAUCUCUAGUUUCUUUAGUUUUUAGUACAGAUGCUUACUUAGACCUACUUAGUUGUUUACAAUAUGAUGUUGUAGGGGUGAUCAGGUCGAUUCAAAGUAUGGCUGUGUAAGGUUCUUGUCUGUAGUAAGUGUGUUAGCCACAGGGGAUGUAAGUUGGCUAAUUUUGGGUGGGAUUGAAAGGGACACCCCAUGACUCAUUGAAGCCUCCUUAACAUAACCUGGCCUCUUAACAUUACUACGGGAUAAAAAAGCCAAGCUAACUCUAGCAUUGGUGGUUGGCCUGCUCCCUCUCCAGUCACUGAAUCAGCUACAGCCAGAGUUUCAUUGUUUGAACAAACGGGUUUCUUUGACAGUGCUAGAUGUCCACUGUCCUAGUCCUGGAGCAGAGAUAGCUGCUGAAUUUUUCAUUAUUUUGACAUCUAAUUUCAUAAAAUUGGUGAUUUUUUUGUAAUCACCACAAUUAGACUGAAUGGUUAACAACACAUUUUUUGUUGUUGUGUUACAGCCUUGGAACAUCUUUUCUCCAAUUAACAGGAACUUAAAUUAUUCCUCAGGAAAAAUUAAUGUCAAAGAAGUUUACUGCUUCAGUGGUUCACCCAUCACCUGAAGAAAAUGCAGGCAAAACAUUUUGUUUGUAUUGAGCCCGGGAGGUGACAUUAACUCUUUUUCUUAAACUCCCAUGUGCGAUUUAGUAUCUCGUUCUCGUACGUGCAUGGUAUUAUAUUGCAGGUGCGAUUUAACUGUUCGUUAAUAAACAAAACCACGUCCUGCAAGUCUGAAUAUUUCAGACGGCAAAGUGGCUGUGCUUUAAGGAUCCUGAUGAGUUGUCUCCUACUCAAAUCAAUACCAAAUGUGGCUAAGCUACAAAGUUUGUCUUUGUGAGUCAUACCUAAAUGAAAAAAAAGGUGAUAAUAUGCUCUCUUUCCAUGGCACUGUUCUUCUCUCACAAAUGAGGCGUGCAGAGGAUUAUUAACAAAAAAGCAUGCACAAGAUACAAAUUAAAUGCAUGUACAAGAUAAGUAUUGUUUGAGGUACUAAAUCGCACGUGCGAUGUAAUGAAGUGCAAGUGCGAAAUACUAAAUUGCAUGUGCGAAUUAAAAGAAAAAAGUUAAUGUCACUUCCCGGGCUCUGUAAGUUUGCGCUCAUAGUCACAUUAAUUAUUUUUUGUAUUCAUGUUCCUGUAACUGACCGUUAUCUGGCUGUGCAUAAAGAUCCAGGUCUAUCGGAUUCACUUUGCCUUGUUGUGAGCCAACUGUGUAGAAGAAGAACAAGCAGUGAGAACCCCAGUGAUUUGUCAGGUUGACUUUUCAGAAAAAGAAGUCUUGGGGCUAAUUUUUUAUCAUGCCACAGGAACACAAUCCUUUCCCUCUGGUUUACGUAACAUCUCAGCAUAUAAGUUUUUUUCCCCAACAACAGGUUUUGUACCAUGUGAGACUUGAUGCCUCAUUCUUGUCCCCUUCUUAUGACGAUGAUGUUAUUUCAAGGAAUUCGUGUCAAGAUGAUAUCACACAGCAGCUACAGUUAGGUCAUCAGCAGCAUCAAGAGAAACCCUGCUGCUGUCUCGUACUUAAAGUGUUGUGGUCAUCUGUUAGUGCUACCUUACCCUUCACUCUCUUUGCACCUUUAACAGCCACUAUCUCUUCCACACUCUCCCCUCAGACAUGGCGGACGAUGACGUGACUGAGGAGCAGCUCGCGGCCAUCGCCGCAGAAAAUGAGGAACAAGAACAGGUGAACUACAAGGCGCCUGCCCAGAAGUCGUUGAAAGAGAUCCAUGAGAUGGACAAAGAUGACGAGAGCUUACGCAAAUAUAAAGAAGCCCUGCUUGGGAACUCUGAGGCUGGUAAGGCUUGUGUGUGUGUGUUUGCUUGUAUGUGUGUGAUGUAGAAAUAUGACUUUCAAUGUUUCUGACCUUUGGGUUUCGGCUAUGUGUAAAGUGUAAUUGAAAUUAAAAAAAAAAAAACUGCAGAAUUAGGUGCACUUUGUCCAACUUAUAUUGAUAAAGUCAUCAGAGUUUGUGAACAUUUCUGUAGAUAAACUUCUGGCCGCUAUUUUUAGCUGAUCUAGGAUUUAAUACAAUUGUUAUUAGUGGUACAAUGUAUGGUGCUAAACUCUUGUCAUCUACAUAAACAGAGGAAAUGAAAUAUGUGCCACAAAACUGAAACUUAAACUUUGAUACUCUAAUCCAGUGGUCCUCAAGUCCAGUCCUCGAGGCCCACUGUCCUACAUGUUUUGGAUGUUUCCCUGCUCCAACACACCUGAUUCAAAUGAUUAGCUCGUUAUGGAGCCAUUACAGAGCUUGAUAAUGAGCUGAUCAUUUGAAUCAGGUGCAGGACUCUUGUCAGCAAGUGUCUACAUAUCUGUCGUCAAUAAAUACUUGAAGUUAGUUGGAAUACUGCUAUGUGCCCCCUCCCAUUUACCAGGCUAAUAUAAUUUAAACAGAACCAGAAUAAUGAGAAAAGCUUGAUGAUGCAAAGACUUGGUUCAUAGCAUCAUUUAUAAUUAGUGCCUACAAACUAAUAUCUAGGGAAGUAGGUUCAAAAUCUGGGUCUCAGCUGUUCAUGUAAAGUGGCCAUAUUUUUUUAAAUCCAGUUUCAGAUCCCACUGUUCCAAAUGUCCAGGUGACCCGGAUGUGUCUGGUCUGUGAAACAGCCCCAAACCCCCUGGUCCUGGACCUGCAAGGUGAGUCCUUGUUUGGGCAGGUUUUAUGAAGUGAAAAUGACAUCAGUAAGUUUUAUCUCCUUUGCUGUAAAAGCUACAGUGUUUGAGCAGUGUCUGGUCCUUAACCAUUUUUGAAAGAUCUUUGAGGUUGCAUAAAAAACGGGUCAAAACCUUUGGGGUCAGACUUAAAAUGUGCAUCUAUUUUUAUAAGUUAUCAGUGCCAGCCGGUCAGUCUGUCAAGGCUUUGAAUAUGACUGAGCAUGCAGUGAAUAUAAAUAUGAGUAAAUGAAUCUGAUUGUUUCAACAGGUGGAGGAUUUUUAUAGGGGAGGAUGGAUCCCUUUUUUCUGUUUGGCUGAUGCCUGUAAAACAUGUACUUUAAGACAGUCUUGUGUUUCAGACCUGCCUCUGUGGCUACUUAGACUCCAGCUGGCCUAGAUUUUAAACCAUCCAGAACAUUCUGUCCCGAGUCUUCACUCUCCCUGCGUCAAUCUUCACUCUCCUGCUGUCUCUGAUAGAUAAAAAGCCUCAAGUAAGAAUUGAAUGUAGGAACGAAUUAGCUCAUAGAUCGAGGAAUUCUAGGUUUGAAAGAAUUUUACCUCCAAGUCCUUGGAUAGCCCAUGAUCAUGUUUCUGAAAUGGGUUCAUACUGUUGUUCUUAGGAGCACAUUAAUGGCAUAAACUCAUACAUCUUUGAGUUGGAGACUCUGCAUCUGUUCUCUUUCACCUUGACUGUAGGUUAAAUACUUUUUUUUCUUUUUAACACAAUGACCCCCGUGUCCCUCCAACGAGCCCAUCAAACUGUGUUCACAGACUCACAGCUAUCCAGCCGUGUCUCUUUUGUACACUGAGUGAUAUUGUAUGCUAUAGAUGAUGAAAUUCUUAAUUUCAUUGCAAUUUUUCACUGAGGAAUAUUUUUCAGAGACUAUUGAACUUUUUUGUUCACUCAGUCUUCUAAUCAGUUGGACGAUGCUUCUGCAGGGUUUCUUUCCCUUGGCAUUACUUGAUUUUUUUUAAAGUCAUUGUUAGCAUAAAAAUUUCAAAAUGCUUACAUUUGAAAUAUUCAAGUCAACAUUUAAUAUGUUGUCUCUGAACUGUUUUCACCAGAAUAUAAGGUUUAAUGAUUUUUAAACCCUUAAGUUUUUAACGUUAGUUUUUUGUAACUUAAAUAUGUUUGGAGUAAGACAUUGUCAUCCAACUACCUGUACUUACAUAAGUUUGACUGGCGUCUGAAUUGGUGUUGGGGAAAAAAAGAGACCUGCAGGGACAUGCAGAGGUGGAAAUGUGCUGCAAAGGUUAGAUGUCUCUCUUCAAAGUAUUAGUGACCUGCUGGCUCUCUUUCUGCCUUUGUGCACCCACUCUCUUUUGUGUUUCAUAUUUUAGGGAAGUUAGGAAGCUAGCUGCAGGACAAAACUGGCAUUUAACAUGAGUAACAUUCAGAGAUAUAAAGCUUUAAGGUUGUUACUUAUAAAAAGAGAACAAUCAUCAUCUCUGAAGGAAAAGCCUUGACUGCCAUCACUUUGUUUUGAUGGUUCAAAGACCUUGCAGCUUAUCUCUUUAUUAAAUGCGUCAAAUAAAGAGUAUAAACCUGUGAAGUUUCUUUAUGAAGACUCAUCUUGACAGUAGGGAUGGGCGAUAAAUUGUUGUUCACAAUAUAUCUUCAGAAAAAUCCUCCAUGAUAAAUAUUUGCCAUCUCAUGAUAAAUUUAACGAAACGAACAUGGCCAAAGGUAAUGAAGAUGUUUCUGAACAGCUCGAUACUGAACGAGGCUCCACAUGAGGGAUUUCCUUCAAGAUUGGAGCUUAGACGAGUGCAACCAGGUCUUCCUGGCAUCAAACAGUGGAUCUGCUGCUGUUCACUCUGUGCAAUAAGAGUUUUCAACAAAUGUUGGAAAUGUUUUCACAUUUGAGACUUGUUUGAUGUCAUUGGUUUUCUCCAUAACCUACCACUAAACUUGUGGUUAAGUUUCUCAUUUGACUACUCCAACUGGUGUUCUCAGGACAAAAUGAGUCAAAAAUAUAGAUUGGAAUUCUAAUAUUUUUUAUCAGUACUUCUAUCGUUAUCGCUAGAAUGGCAAAUCUUAUUGUGAUAAAUUUUUUAGCCCGUAUCGCCCAUUCCUACUUGACAGCACUUCAUUCAAGUAAAUGUAACGUUAUCCAGAUAUUCCAAUGUGAUUGAAAGUCUUUGUAAAUAUAAGCAGGUGGAGAGGUUUUGUGAAGUUACAGUAAAAGCUUGCUGCGGAGUGUGAGUCAUGCAGCCUCAGCCAGUGUGUAAGAUCACUUCCAGUAAAGGAGUCAGUGUGUGCUGUUUCUGUUUCUGUGCAGCAAGCACAUUUAUCUGAUGCUGCAGUCCUCAAGCUCAGUCUGUACUCCAGUGUACCAGAAAGAGAUGUUGACCAUGUAAUGUCGACACUCACAAGACUGUUUUAAGAUUAAACUCAGAAUUUAAAUUAUUUUUAGUAUUAUUGUUAUUUCAGACAGUGUCAUUUAUCUGUGACGUUGCAACUAACAGCUGUUUUGAAAGCCAACUAGACUGAUGAUCGAAAUAAUGACCAAUCAGCUAAUCAGAUCAUAAAUCCUCACAGUUGGUCGAUGGCUUGUAUUUAACCAUCAGCCUUUAAAAAUCUUCAGUGAAUGUAGAUUUUUAUCUUGGCUUUUAAUUUUCUCAGUGUUAAUGUCAGAUGGAUGAUGCAGUUUCGAUGUGUAGUUUGGUUACCAUAGUGAAAUAGCAUUGUAAGAGUUUGUUCCACAGUUAAGUGGCCUGAGACUAAGAAAAUGCGAAACAUUUGGAGAGAAAAUGUAAAUGUGAGAAAAAUUACAGAAUAGAAGGUAAAAAGAAGACCGUUAAAUAGAUGUCAAACUCGCCUUCUCCAAACACCCGUGCAUCAUCAACCCGUCCUCCCAUGAUGAGGUUGCUCGCUCCACAGAUUUUGUGGCAGCGCUUUUCUCUGAAGCAUUGUGGGUUAAAUGCUCCCAGACUUUGGCAGACAGAGGAGAUUAUUUGAUGCAGAAUGUCUCACCUCUCACCUCUCAGUAUCUGCACUCUGGAAAACACUCACACCAAACCCCGUAACUGACCACUCAGUAGUUUUAUAGAGAGCCCUGCUGUUGUGCAGUACUGUACACAGUCAGUGAUGGUACAUGGAUGUCUGACAGAUUGAUGUCAUGAAAUAUUUAUCAGAAUCAAAGUUUUUUUUCCUCAUAAAAGCUUCUCUGUUAAGUGCAUUAUACCAGGUGAUGAUGCUCAGGGUCAUAAAAAGUAAAGAGGCUUUUUAAAUUUCAGUGGCCUACAGUUAUCCAUCACAACAAAGUGACCAACUCCUUUUUGGAGUUCAAAGGUGGUCUGUUUUAUUACAUUUUGGGCGCUUUUUGUAUUUAAAUUGAUGUAACACUGAUGUAUGAAUAAUUGUGAAAUAAAACUGCAAAUGAUCUCUGCAAGGGCUUUCCCCAAACUAAAUAUCGAUUAUACUCUCGACUUUGAUUCCACUUAUUACUCAUGAUCUGUGUUUUUCUGCUCAUCUGGUUUCAACAGGAGACCUGGAAGCCUUUAAGAAGCAGGCCUUUGUCCUGAAGGAAGGGGUUGAAUACAAAAUAAAGAUCAGCUUUAAGGUAAGAGCUGCCGGGUCAUAGUCUCUACAAAAACAAAAUACCAAGAUGUAAUGAGCCAAAUGUAUUUGUAUUUAUUUUGAAGGGGACAGAUUUAAUAAUCUCUCCUUUUUUUUCAGCUCUUGACAUUUUCUGUCUUUUUCAGGCACACGUUUUACUAUCCUUUUUCUGCUUGGGAUGUUGUCUCAAACAAUGAUCUUGUCUCCUCAGGUGAACAGGGAGAUAGUUUCAGGUCUGAAGUACGUGCAGCAGACAUACAGGAAAGGAAUGAGGAGUAAGUGUUUUUUUUUCCUCUGCUUGCUGUUCCACAAAGAGCGAGUCUGGCUUCUGCACUUUUUAAUUUCUAAUAUUCAUGGUAUCAGGUAAAGAUGAUGAUUUUGGGACAAAAAUAGUUGUUGAAGCAAAGCAUUGGAUUCCCCUUCUCCCCAGAUAUAAUCACUGUCUCUCUCUUCAGUUCGAAUGCCAAAAAUGUCCCUGAUUAAAACUGUUGAAGUCACAUGAAAAGUAAUGGCAUCUUGUAAAUCACCUCUGAAAACUCACUUUUACACACUUGCUUUAAUAGGGUUUGACUAUUUUUUUAAACCACUUUUCAAUAUUAAUUUCUUGAAUUUAAAAACUCAUGUAUUACUGCUUUUGUUUGGUCCUUGAUCACAUUUAUUUCAUUGAUUCAUUUCCCCUGUUUUAGCACUGAGAUAACGACAAAAGAACAAGUCUUUUCUAAAAAAUAAAUCAACUCUGCUGUUUAUCUGAUUCGACAAAAAACUGACACUUUAAGUUUCCAAUCUAAUCUCUUGUUAAGGUAACCUAGACCAACCAAUUGUUUUGAUCCAGUGUUAUUUUGGUUUGGAUUUGAGGUCUCAGAAGAUGCUCACGUAUCUAAAUGAUACAGUAUUUUUAAGAUUUGGUGUUAUCAUGAGUUUGUUAGUCCUGCACUGGCACAUGAAGAUUUUUCAGGUUUUGAGACAUGAAGCUUGUUCUGAUCUGACGGACAAGGCCGUGUUUCUUUAGGACUAGUCAAAUCAACAUGGUGUACGCUGCAGAUGAAAGAGUGCGUGAAAAUCAGAAAAAUGAUUUGUUCAUCAAGACAUGUCAAAAGACAAAAACUUAGACCUCCAAUUGUACCUGCAUGUAGAAACUAGGGCCCGACCGAUAUGGAUUUUUUGGGGCCAAUACCCAUUAUUAAUCCGCAUUUUAUUUCUGAAAUUAUCUGCGAAAAUCGGUGAGUUUUAAGAUUACCAGUUAGUCUCAAACGGGCUAAAAUUGGCCGAUUUAAUCGGCUCGCUGAUUAAUUGGUCAGGCCCUAGUAGAAACACAAAGGUAAACACUGCUGAAGUACUGAUUUCGGCUUUAAAGCAUUAAUGAGUUUUUCUCUGUUCAAAUUAUAUUCAAACCUUAAAUGUCGUUCCAACAGCAUUAUUGAACAGUUGAUGAAAACACUGGAUAUCCAUCAAGUACAACUGGGGUGUUGUGUCUAUUUUUUUUAUGAUGAACUUUUAUUGUCACUCUGAAGAGAAAUUAGUUUUUCUUUCCUUUGAGUGAAUUCAGUUUGCUUCUGUAGUUUCCUUUAUUUAUAUGGUCUUGAGACCCUCUCAAAAACGAGAUGCUUCAUCUCAAGGGGCUAUCCUAAAUAAAUUGAAAUUAAAAUGAAAAGUAGGUUCAUAUGCACCGACAACACAGAGAAAUGAAGUAUGUCUAUUUACCUGAACACAUAAAGCAUGAGUAGACACAUUCAUAUGUGUCUAACAGGAUAUGGUAUACACCAAAAGAGUCCUGUGAUCUCUCUGUCCUCAUCAACUGUUCUCUUUUACUAACAGUUGAUAAAUCAGACUACAUGGUGGGGAGCUACGGGCCCCGUUCUUCUGAAUACGACUUCCUGACCACGGUGGAGGAGGCACCUAAAGGUGUCCUCGCCCGCGGCAACUACACGAUCAAAUCCAAGUUUACUGACGACGACAAGCACGACCACCUGUCCUGGGAGUGGAACCUCAACAUCAAGAAAGACUGGAAAGACUAAAAGAGGCCUUUUUGUUUAAGGGGAGUGGCAAACAUGUCCCCACCCCCCACCCCACCCCCAAAGCCCUGUGCAUUCCUCAGCCGCUGACCCAUCUCCCUCGUUCCCAUCAUGUGUCCACCACUAUCUUUGCCUUCUCUGUCUUUACUUUGUCGCACAUUUCACGCUCUCCUCAUGCCUUAGUUUCCGCCUCGCUCUCUCUGCACCUUAACGCCCCCACCCACCCACCUCUCUGUCAGCAGCAGUAGCACUAGCAGUAGCAGCAGUUCCCCCAGACCCCUCCCUCUAUCCGUCCAUCCAAUACCUCCCAUCCUGACCCACUUCACAUUUCCCUGUUUGCACACAAGCCACCUCUGCCACCCACUUGCCAUCUUUUCCCUCUUUACGCUUCCCCGCCCCCAUCCACUGAGCUGUUUCAUGUAGCACCUUACUCCCUCACUUCCAGCCCUCUUUUGUCUUCUGUCCCAGAUUUUCCGCUGCUUGAAGAGAUUAACCCCACCUUCCACCUCUCCAGAAUGGUGUCUUCCUCUCUCAGUAUGAAGUACAUGUGGAAAAGCAACUGUACAAUCAACUUUUGUUUGCCUUUUUUAUAUAAUUGUAUCAAUGGUUGUGUAAUGUGACUGUAUUCACAUCACUGUUUAUCAGCUGUUGUGUUCAUAGCGGGCCCCACCACGUCCACCUGCACCCCCCCACACACACACUAAUGCUCCAGCAUUCCUUUGCUUGCUUACACGCUUGCUGUCUUUUGAUAUUAUUACCAAUACCUGCCUUGGAAAAACACUUCAUUCAAAUCUGCUUGACAGUGUCCCUAAAUGUAUUCACCCACUCUUCCUUUAAAUGGCGACUGGGGCCAAAGUGAACAAGGAAGAAAAGAGUUAAAAGGGUUUAAAAAAAAGAAAAGAAAAAAAGCUGCCUUAUGUAUCAACUAAUGUCUAAAAUGUUUCUUUAGCAUGCCUUGUGUGUAUGAGCAGCGCUAGCUAUCAGGUAGCCUGUAUAUUAAGGGCUUACUCUUGCUACCAACUCACCUGUAGCCCUGUUGUAGUAGAGGCUGUUUAUACAGGUCACUCAGCCACAACUCUGCACAUGCCCACUGCCCCCAAAUUAGCCGUACCUUAUAAUGAAAGGGGACUGAAUGUUAAUAAUUGGAGAAAAGACAUGAAAUGAAAGCAAAGAAGUAUGUAGGAAUCUGGGCACGCUUGUUCCUUUCAGCCAUGAGGCCUUAGCACUAACGAUGAGAAAAUGGAACACUUCUAAUCUCGCCUUUUUUUUUUUGAUGAUUUGUUGUCCCUGUUUGCCUUAAUGUAGAUCAUUCCCCCCCCCCCCCCCCGACAAAAAUGCCCUUAACUUGGCUCAUUCAGAACUCGUAGCCUGCAGUCAGGAGAGCCUCAGUGUGGAGGAGGCCAAGCCGGGCACCGUCUGCUGCUGCUGGAGACCUCGGCGGUGUCUGGUCUUGCCCUCAGACAAGUGUAGAGACAAAACUGACCAGGUCUUAAUCAGCCUUUAAUCCUCACAGGAAGGAAGUUGUGAAAGGAAAGGUCAGGUGAUACUAAGAGAGAAACACAUGCUCAGUGUUUUAUGAGAGAGGCCGAGGGUUUUAACACAACUGACCGUAACAUUCAAAUGAAAUCGACACGUACUGUACCAGAACAUAUGGAUGUAAAACUUUUUUUUUUUGUUUCUGAUAAUGAUGUACUUCCCGCUCCAUACAUUCCCUCACAUUGUACAGUUUCUAUGAAAACGCUGGCCUGCUGGUGGGGUUGUAUAUUCUAUCAUCAUUUGUGAGUGCUCUUCUCGGUCAAUAAAGAUUUUGCUCAACUUGGCCUCCAACAUUGCUGUUUAUAAUCAAUCCUUAUUUACAGGCUGCUGGAUCAGAAAAGAGCAGCUCUAGACAGUACUCUUCACAGCAUUUAGCGCGUGCCAGUGGCCAGGAAAAAUGUCCUGUGAACGGGUAGAAACCCUGAACAGAACCAAACUCUUGUAAGGAAUCUGCUGUGACAGUAGCUGCGUUUACAUGGGCAAAAAUAAUCGGAUUAUUUGAUUUUGCACCCAUAUAAACAGUGGAUUCAGAUUAUCCGAUCCCUCAAAUUUUUAAUCGGAUCAAGAAAUUUUGCCCAUGUUAUCGUGGCUACUGUUGGGAUUGAAAAGGGGGAUGGAGAGAAACAGGAAAAGAGAUGACAUGAACAAAAACAGCUCAUGCAGAUCCACGGUUGAGGUGCUAGUAAAAGUAUGUGCACUAUCUGCAGGGACGGAAAACAGUAUAGAUACUGUAGUUGUCUUAAAAAGGAGUAGAAAUGAUAGUAUCAAGUCCAUCAGUUGGAGUCAAUCUGUUCUAAAAAUAGCAUGAGCAUAGGGACUAAUAAUAAAGAUGAGACUGGUAUUAAUAGUUGAAGCAGCGAGAGGCUGGCAGGUCUACAGGAGCCAGACGCCUGCAAGGUCAAGAGGACCCUCAGAGACAAGGGAGCUCAGGGACCCCCAGACGGGUCUACGGUGUGUGACUUAAAAGAGACAUGAGUAAGACACACAGACAGAAGGUUCUCAAGUGUGCCAGUUACCCUGACCGUCAAAGCCUACAGCAGCAUAAAUAAAAGCUUGGCUAAACCUAAGCCAGCAUUUAACCUUAAACUUACUUUGACACCCGCUCUUGAGAGUAGAGAGGGUUAGGGUUAGACCCUCAAUGGUAGAUGACUCCAAAGGAGGAGAGACAGAUAAUUAAAGCCACUAGUACCUCCCAUGCGACUUGUACAGACUUGGUGAAGAUGUUGUUUUCACUUUUAGAGCUCUUAAAUCUGUUGGCAAGCUUUGGAGAUGCUGAUUUCCUUUUCUGGCAGAACUUUGCACCUGCCUACAGAACCAAAACCACUACCAAGGAUUCGCUGACCACAAUAUUACUGAGCUUGAUUGGCCAGCCAACUUGUCUGACAUGAACAGGAUUUUUGUCAAGGGGACAAUAAGAGACACCCACCAAAAAUGCAGAUGAGCUGAAGGAUUUGCAAAUCAUUGUAUUGUUUUUAUUCAUGUUUUAUUCACUUCAACUUCAUUGGAGUUCGGGUUUGUAGAAUGAAAGAGUCUACCUUUUUGACUAACUCACAAAAAAACCCUUUUUUUCAUGCGUUUUAGUUGGAGAUACACCUGUUCUUCCCUUUGUUUUUUAACACAGAAGUCAUUCCUACAUUAUACAAAGUCGCAGUAAAUGCUUAACAAGACUGAAUAUGGGUGGCUGAGGAUCAUAACCAAGCCCAGCAUUUGAGCAGUCAUGAAUUUGAGUCAAAAAUCUGAUGCUUAAAGAGUUAUAUAAUAUAUAUUAUGUUAGUUUCUUCAAUGUCUUAACCCUAGUAAAAGAAAGGGAGAACCAUGCUUUGGUAGCUAGAUAAAGUAGUUACACAAAAAUUCAAGUUUUGUCUUUUUCUGUCUGUAUUUAAACCUGAAAUAACUGCAGCCAAGAGUGUGGAAUCUAGAACAAAACCAACAACACGACUUUUUUUUAGUAUUUGUUACAGGCUUUUGAAGAUUUGAAGAACCUUUGCUGAGAGAAAAGGUUUGAGUUCAGUUCUUAGAGGCACAACUUGAAGAGAUCGAAAGAGCUCCAGCAACACUUGUAGCUCAGGAAACAACUUCAUUAGGCCGACGCAUUUCGGCUUGUAGCCUUCAUCAAUGCAUUACAAACAACACUUGAAAAGGGUAGGUUUGAAAUGGGAAAUUUUCAAUUUUUUUUUGUUGUUUCCUGAACUACAAGUGUUGCUGGAGCUCUUUUGAUCUCUUCAAUUCCUUAAAUGCACAAACACGUUCCUCAUGUUCUCUUCUUUUAAUCUCUCCCAACUCAAUGGCUUACUUGUUUACAUGAUCACGAUCGUUUCAGUGAAUAAGGUCAGUUACACACGGUUCUUUUACAACAAAAAGUCAAAGACAGUUUAAUAAAAGUCACAAAUAGUUAAGACAAGGCUGAAUAAUUUAUGCCCAUACUGUAUUUUCACUUAACAGUGUUUGUAACAGAAGCAAAAUAGAAAUAUUAGAAAUGUAUAAUGAAAGGCACAGCAUCCAAAGACAAUUUGACAUGCAGGUUUGUUUGUUUUGUUUUGUUUUCUCAAAAACUGGAGUAAACAUUCAGGAGUUGACCCCUCUGGCCUGUCUGUUAAAGAGUAACAGCUGUCCGUCACAGGGUGAAUACUUAGCUCAGGGGUCUUUGCUUUAACAAGCUUCCAGUCGACAUGGUAACGUGAUUUAACUACUGAUUUACAGUACUAAAAGAAAGAACAUGCAGUCUCUUACACCCCUUUAAGAUCUCUCGUUAGUAACAAACAUUUUCUGUAAAAAUCCCUCUGAACAUGAGCCGACGUCCAUGACUAGCACCCAGAAAUCUCUGUCCUUUUUAGACAAGGAAACCAAGACUUUACCUUUACAUCACUGUGAGGACAUUUGGCCCCUGUACAUAAAUAUACAUCUUAAAUAUACAUUCAGAGGAGCAGGGAGUAAGCAUGCAAAUUUGGUCCACCUUUACAGCAGUCAGCAGGAGCAGAAAGCAUAAGCCCGCCACUCAUCUAGAGGAUCUGAAACUGACCACUAAGUUUUCCCAAAGGACAUGCAAACCAGGGCUGGGUUUUGGCACAUUGUCUAUUUUUCCCAGCCCCCACACCUGACUGGCAUUUUAGUCCACCUCUUGAGAGUAAGCUGGCACUGUGCAUGGCUUUAGGACUCUUAGUACAGGUUCUAUACAAAGCAUCAGAGGAGAAAAGCACAUCAAAAUAUUCCAGUUCAAAAAAAAAUACAAUGAUAAAAACUUAAUAUGAAGGUGGAUGUGAACAGGAGCGCCCUGUCAGUCCACGGGAGGUGCAGUUCAGCUUGUUUUACAGUAGAUCUGCCAAAACAUAAAAGGCCCAAACACAGGCGAAUAACCCUGAAAUCUAUACACUGUUCCAGUUACUGUUGAGUGUGCUGUGCUCGCUGCCGUCGUCUCCCUUCCUCCUAUGUGGCGUCUGAGUCGGUCAAAAUGUCAAUGUAAUACUAAAAUCUCCAAGGAAGUUUUUUCUUUUUUUUUUUCUUUUUUUGAAGGUUCAUCUUGAGAGUUUGCUGAUGACUCGGAUGAGGGCAGCGUUUUCAUCCUUGAGCCUCUGGUUGUCUGCUUUGAGAUCUCCCAAAACCUGGAGAAGAAACAUGAAAUAUGAGUGUGUUACAGGAACAGCCAGCAUGAGCUCGUUCUCUGGGGUCAUGAUUGUGUUUUCUCUUCAGCUGAGGCCGAGGUCGUCUGAUACACGAUUCAAAGUUUAGUGCGUAUUAGACUGAUUUCAGAAAACUUGACUCAUAAAGUCUGGUGUGAUGAGAUAAGCUCAUCUGGACACAUAAGGCAGUCCAACAAUGAAAUUUUACAAUACUGAUAAAUCACAGAAUUUUACUUGCCAUUCAUUGCAGCUUUAAUCAUAUUAAAAACACAUUAAGUUGCAUUUUAAAUCACUUUUAAGUCCAUAUGUAUGUAGUUUAGAAAUCAAAUGAAUUUUAAAACUAACUCUAACAUUUUAAAAGCUGUCAAAAGUUCAACAGCAAAUUGAAAUAUCACAUUAAUAUAAACCCCCUCAAGCACUGGCCUGCUGAGUCAAAAGGUUUGUUUUUGGCUCUUGUCAGCAUCUAUAUUCAACGUACAGGCCCCAACUGUAAUUCACAGAAAUGGGGCGUGACCAGAGAGGAGGGCUGGGUUUUCAAGUUUGAAAACAGCCACUAGAUGUCACAAUGUUUGCAGUUUUUGAACUUUCAGCUUCAAAUUCAGGUGGUUAGACCUUUCCACCACUACUGCCGAACAUGUGUGAUUCAGAACAAAAAAAAAUUGAUGCUACUGAUUGGAAAACGUUAAGCCAUUGGUUUCUGUGUCCUUUUUCAGUUUCCAGUCUUUUUUUUUUAAAGAUCUUUGGUUUUUCCUAAACUUAUCUUCUUAUCGUAGUCCUUAUUUUUCUAAAGUUAUAAUCGAAAAAGCUUAAAGUUUUAUUGUUUUUCAUGUUUAACCUUCUUCAAGAUGGAGGGCAGUACUGAGAGCAAACAAAGCUUGACGACAAAACUAUUGACAUAUUGACAAAACAAACACUUUGCUCUGGACUGUUUUCUUGUUGGAUUUUCAUGGGUUUUACCUGCUUCAUGGAAUAAAAUCAUCAGUAUUUAUUGUUUGUGUGCAUUUAAGCUAAUUCAGACAGAGAUUCCUGUCAGAGUGAGCUUCUUUACCUUUAACUCAUCCUCCAGCUCCACUGCUUUCCUCUGGAGGGCCAACUUCUCCUGUGAACCAAAGAUCAAACAUCACAAACUGAUUAAGACUGUGAGAGCACACGAUUCCUGCCGCUAUUUAUAUCCUCAGAACAAUGAGCAUGCUCUGCACAAGUAUUUGACUCAUCUGCUUUAUGCUCUGCUGAACCUUAAAAGUGCGAAGGAGCUGUCAUUCUCAGGUCACAUUUGUUCACACCUUACACAGCAAAGUUUGCACACAGCAAUAAAAUACAGUUUCAACCUGAGAACAGGAAACCGAAGCUGUUUCACUAAGACUAAAAGUGAACUCUAACCUCAAAGC